AUGCAGAGAGGAAGAAACAUAUUCAUGGAGUUAAGCCGGCUCGAAAUGGUCCUUCAAUAUCACAUUUGUUUUUUUGCUGAUGAUAUCUUAUUAUUUCUUAGGGCAGAUAAAUUUGAACUCAAGUAUGCCCAAGACCUUUUAUUGAGAUUUAGUCGAGCUUCUGGUCAGAUUGUAAACCCUCUGAAAAUUGGCAUUACUUUUAGUAAAAGUAUCUCUAGGUGUCGACAAAACGAUAUAGCUGACUUACUUCAAAUGAAAACUAUGAAACUUUCUGAUAGAUACUUAGGUGUACCGUUGUUUUUGAAUAGAUCUAAAGUUCUUAGUUUUCAGCCACUUAUAGAUCAAAUGCAACGUAAGCUAGAUGGCUGGAAGGAAAAACUCAUUCCUCAGGCGAGGAGAGCUGUUCAGAUUCAGGCGGUUUUAAAUUCUGUAGCUUUGUAUCAAAUGUCGUGUUUCCCCAUACCGAAUGCUACUAUUAGGAAACUGAAUACUCUACAGCGUCGCUAUUGGUGGGGACAUCAUCCAAAUCAGAAAGGUUUAAACCCUAGAGCUUGGAAUAAAAUUUUUUUACCCAAUAGAUUUGGGGGUUUAGAGUUCAAAAAUUUGGAAAAAUUCAAUUUGGCUCUUUUAGCCAAAAUGGCUUGGAGACUAGUUACUCAGCCUGAUCUUUUGUCGUCUAGAGUUAUCAAAUCUAAGUACUUCCCAAAGCAUAAACCUUUGCAUGCUAUUCUUAGGAGGAAGGGUACUUGGAUAUGGAACGACAUCUGUAAAGGUCUUAAGAUUGUCAAGCAAUAUCACAUAUGGGAGGUUGUUUCGGGAGAAGAUAUCAGCAUUUGGCAAGACAGAUGGAUUGAAUCUGAAUCUCAGUUUCUUCAAAAGCCUACUGAUUACCAUUUGCAAGAUUAUAACCAAGUUUCUCAACUGAUUGAUCACUACAAUAAUGAAUGGGAUGAUUCAGCUUUAGCUGAACUGUUUAGUCAAGAUCAAAUUGAUAUCAUUCAUAAGAUUAGAAUUCCUGCAACAGGCACUGAUGCAAUUAAAUGGUCUUUAACAACAUCUGGGCAUUUUACAACCAAAUCAACAUAUUCAGCUUUACUUAAGGCUCAAUGUAACUCUUCACAGCAAGAGCAACGACAAUGGCUUAGGGUUUGGCAUUUGAAUGUUUUUCCUAAAUUUAAAUUCUUCAUUUGGAAGUGUCUUCAUGAUAUAUUGCCUUUCAAAUCUUAUUUAUAUAGAUUUGGAGUUGUCUCUGACAUGUUGUGUCCUCUAUGUGGUUUGGCUGAUAAAACUUUAGAUCAUCUUUUCUAUCAUUGUGAUUUUGCCCGAGCAGUAUGGUUUGAUCUUUGCCCACAGGUGUUUUCUGCCCUUGCCUGUUUUCAUAGCCUCAGAUAUUGGAUAAUGCAUUGGUUUUCUUCUAAGCUUACCUCUGAUUUAAAUGAUCUUUAUAGAAUUUAUAUUAUAGUCAUGUGGCAGAUUUGGAAGGCUAGGUGCAAAGCCAGUUUUGAAAAUGUGCAACAAAAUCCUUUAAUAGUUAUACAACGUAUUAACUCUCAGUUGCAAUAUCUGCAGCAAACUUCCAUUUUUUACCAGCAUUUAGCAAAAACUUCCUGUACUGUUCCAACUAAUUUGAAUCGUUUUCUUUUGAAGGCUAAAGAUUUGGCUCAACUUAGUGAUUAUUCACUAAUUUUCGGGGAUGCUUCUAUGAGAAAUUCCUCCUUUAUUGCAGGUUGUGGAGCUGUCUGGUAUAAACCCAACGGAAUCUUUGAAAAAGCAAAAUGUUGGACCAUUAAUGCAUCUUCGGUGAUCGCUGCUGAAGCACAGGCCAUCACUCAUGCUAUGGAGUGGGCUCAGCAAAAACAACUGCAGCGUAUCAUUGUCGUCUCUGACAACCAAGCUCUGGUGAAUGCUAUAAAUGGUGCAGCAUGUUACAUUUGUUGGACCCACAUUUCCUAUGUAACUAAUUGUAAAAAUGACAUGUCGUCUUUUCAUAGUCCGUAUUGUAAAUAUGUCCCUAGGAAACUUAAUAGAGCAGCAGAUGCUCUGGCUAGGUUAGCUCGGAAGUCUAAUGUAAUUAAAGAAUGGGAAUUGCAGCCUCCUAACACUAUAUCACUAUUCCCCUUUUGUAACUUUUAA